AUGACACUGCGACUUUGCUGGGCCUGGAUCUUUCUCCUGCCUGGCCUCACGGAUGGAGGGAAACUCCUGGUGGUGCCCAUGGUUGGAAGCCACUGGCUCAGCAUGCAGCAAGUGGUGGAAAAGCUCGCUGAGAGAGGACACGAAGUGGUGGUGGUGAUGCCAGAAGUCAGCUGGAACAUGAAAGCCUCUCAGGCAUACAAGGUGGUAACGCACCCCGUGUCCCAGACAAUGGAAGACCUGGAUAAUGCCUUUCAUGAGUAUGUGGCUGCUCACCUGAAGGUCCUGCCUUUCCCUCUGAAUAUUGCAGAACAAUACAAAGCCUACAGGCACGUCUUCAGCACAUUCUUUGUUCAGUGCAAGGACCUCUUCAAGAGCAAGGAGAUCCUGCAGUCUUUGAAUCAAAGCAACUUUGAUGCUGUCCUGACAGAUCCCUUUUUCAUGUGUGGAGCAAUUGUUGCUAAUUAUUUGUCUCUUCCAUUUGUGUUCUUCAUGAGAGGACUUCCUUGCAAUCUACACUAUAAAGCACCUCAGUGCCCGAGCCCUCUGUCCUACGCCCCACGAAUAUUCACUUUCUUCUCAGACCAAAUGACUUUUUUCCAGAGAGUGGAAAAUGCAGUGGUUGACUUCCUGGAGCUUGGGUACUGUAAUGGUGUUUACGAAGAUGCACUCAAGCUUUCCUCUGAAGUUCUUCAGAGGGAUGUGUCCCUCACAGACCUCACAAACUCUGCCUCUGUUUGGAUUCUGAGGUAUGACUUUGUGUUCGAGUACGUCCGACCAGUGAUGCCCAACAUGGUCUUUGUUGGAGGUAUCAACUGUGCUAAGAAGAAACCACUGAGUAAGGUGGUGGUGGAAUGUCCUGCUGCAAUGGGAGGUUGA